AUAAUUCAUUUCAUACUCUCUCUCUCUCUCUCUCUCUCUCUCUCUCUCUCUCUCUCUCUCUCUCUCUGUGAAGAUGGGAAUAAGCUGCAAUGGCUGCCGAGUUCUCCGCAAAGGCUGCAGCGAAGAUUGCAGUCUAAAACCUUGUCUCGAGUGGCUUAACUCACCCCAAUCUCAAGCCAACGCCACCUUGUUUCUCGCCAAAUUCUACGGCCGCGCCGGCCUCCUCAACCUCAUCGCCGCCGCCCCUUCUCAUCGCCGCCCCGAAAUUUUUAGGUCACUCCUCUACGAAGCCUGUGGACGGAUCAUCAACCCCGUCCACGGCUCCGUCGGGCUGAUGAGCUCCGGCGACUGGCCCCGCUGCCACGCCGCCGUGGAGGCCGUUCUCGGUGGCGUCCAUCUCGUCUCGCCCUGCGACAUCCGCCACGCCCCCAAGGGUCGGGACCGCCGCAAACGGUCCACCUCGUCGGCGGCGGCCGAGUCGGAGGCGAAAUUCACUAUCACGGGGUGGGAUCAUAACAAAGAUUUAUUAGUGAUCGAUGAGAAAUCGGGAAGGGCUCCGAGUCAUGACUCGUUCUCGACUGAAACGGUGGAGCCGAGCUUAGUGAGCUUUGAUGAUCAAGGAACGAUUCCGGAGCCUCGACUCAGUGAGGUGGGGCUCGAGUUGACUUUGGGGCUUAAUCCAGUGCUCCACACCUACCUAUCUGCAGUCAUACACAUUUCUGAUAGCCAAUGAAUGGAGUUUAGUAAAUUUCAUAUUUCGGAUCAUAGUUAUUGCAGUGAUAAUUUCGGAAUUUCAGUUUUACUAUUUUAUUUUAGUUUGUAAUUUCCCUACUUGGGAUGACUAGUGGUUUAUAGGGUUUGGAUCUUAAUUUGUGUAUAUAUAUUUCAAGGAGACUGUUUUGAUAAAGAAGUGAUAUCAAUUACUGCAUACUUGAUCAAA